CUUACCUCUUCACUUCACACUUCACACUACUACUACUCUCUGUCCAUCCCCUUCCCUGCUUCAGAACUCAAUCCUCCAUCACUAUGCCCACAAUGGCACCAGAUCCUUCUCUCCUCCUCCUCCUCCUCCUCUUCCUCUCCCCUACUAACAGCGCCGCCGCCGUCUCCCCUUCUCCAUCACCUCCGUCAGCCACGACUCCUACUCCCUCCUCCCCCGUUUCCUCUUCUACCCUUGACCCAAAACAACUCAGAGCACUCCAGUCACUUAACAUUCCCACCUCCAAAGACCCCUGCUCUUCCCACUCCCGUCCCUCCACCACCACUUGUGACUCCUCCACCCCCUUCCGCCACCUCAUCUCCCUCACACUCUCCAACUGCUCCGACGACGUCGCUCUAUCCCUCACCGCUCUCAAGUCCCUUUCCACUCUCACCUCCCUUAACUUCAUCAACUGCCCCAUUUCCCCCAUUCGCUUCCCCUCUGACCUCGCUUCCAAUCUCCAUUCUUUCACUUGCAUUAACAGCCUCAAGAAACUCACUGGGGUUUGGCUCAGCAGGCUGCAGAAUGUGACUGAAUUAACUGUCUCGCGAGUCAGCAUUACUGCCAGCGGUCCUACUAUUAUACUCAGCGGCAUGAAAUUUUUGCAUUCUGUGACUCUUUCACAAACUAAUCUCUCCGGCUAUCUCCCUAAACAUUGGCAUCCCAAUCUUACUUUUGUUGAUUUAUCAGGAAAUCAUCUCAAAGGAAAGAUACCCCUUUCACUCACUCGCCUUGAAAAUCUUGCUCAUUUGAAUCUUUCAUCCAAUUCCCUUAACGAGACAAUUCCGACUACCAUCGGAGACUUGGCUUCUUUGCAGAAUCUCUCUUUGGCUUCAAACUCAUUAUCCGGCCCCAUCCCCGACUCUUUAGCUGCAUUGCCAGGGCUAGUGCACCUUGAUCUGGGUUCUAAUCAGCUCAAUGGGACGAUCCCAAAUUUCAUAAGAGACAUGAAGAAGUUGAAGUACCUAAAUCUAGCAAGUAACAACUUUCAUGGGGUGUUGCCUUUCAAUGCAACAUUUAUAAAAGGAUUGGAAGUGUUUAAGGUGGGUGAAAAUUCCAACCUUUGUUACAACCGCUCAACUUUGGGGUCAAAAGUGAAGCUCGGUAUUGCACCUUGUGAUAGACAUGGGCUGCCUAUGUCGCCACCGCCGGCUAAGGAUUCAUCCUUUGAUGAUUCAAGUGACAGUUCCGAUGAUGAAGAUUAUAGCAAUGUGGAGGAAAAGAAGCAUCAUAGCGGACCAAGUAAGGUUGUUCUAGGUGUUGCGAUUGGGCUUUCUUCUAUUGUCUUUCUCAUCGUUUUCUUGGUUCUUUUAUCUAAAUGUUGUAAAUAAAUUUGAAACGAAAAAUGAUUUGUUGGUUAAUUAGCUUAGGGGCAUUCAGCCAUUAAAGAUGAGAUUUGUUCUAAUAGUUAUUUAAAAGAGUUUCAGAAAGAGAAGGGUGAAAGAAAAAGGAGAUUCUUUUCUGUGUGAUUCUUUUUAUUACUUUCCUAUAAUAUUGCUGGAGCAAGAAAGCUCUGACUCUGUUGAUUGAUCCGUGCUCUGUAUUUUACUUAUGUUUUGGGUGUUUGAUCUGCCAUUGAGCCAAAAAAUGUCUGGCCUGGGGUUUACUUUAGUGUUAUCCCUCUUUAUCUUUAUUUCUGCUGUGAUGUAAGAUUUGCUUUUGUUUUUUGCACUUUCCUCAGUUUCAGCCUUUGAUUCUGUCUUC